UUCUACAAAACGACCCAACAUUUGCAAGUUGCAAUCAUUUUAUUCCGUCGUAUAUAAGGAUUUAUGUGUGCAAAUCCCAAAUCUUUAUAAUUUAAGAGAAACUGAUCGAGACUGUGAAGACUUUCUGAGAGACCAUGGAAUUGCUAUGGUUAUUCCUUAUCGUUGCAAUUUCUGCAAUUUCGUCUGUCGAAUGUGGAUGCGACAGUGAAAGGAGAACAAUUACCAGUGCAGACAACAGCAAUCUCGUACUUUGUAUUCAAUUCAAAAACUCUGACUGUUUGCAUUGCAAAGCAAAUGGAAACUAUGCCAAGUGUGAUACAAAACGUGCACAGACAAAUGAUCCUGCAGAUAAAUACGGCCCAGCUCCAAAUGGUCGUUAUGCGAUCGGUUCUGUCUACAAGCACAGCAAACAUGGCAUAUCUUGGGCUAAUCUGUACCCAAAAAAACAGCAUAAUAACGGCUGGUGGGAUUAUUACCGCAGCAACCCAGACGUACCCGGAUCGCGAAGUCAUAUUGGACUUCACCCUGGUAGAUUAUCCCAGGGUUGUGUUACAGUAACGGAUAAAUCUUGUUGGAACAAAGUGGAAACUAUGUUACAAAGCAAGAAUGGAGCUCAUAUCACUGUGUCAAGAACAUGGUUCAGAAUAGCAAUUGUUAAGUGCGUUGGUGUUCUCCGAGUAAUGAACUGAAAGGGACUGACAAACGGAUGAACUUUUCAUUUGGCACGAAAAAUAAUCGUUUUAAUCAUAUCAUCACAAUAUAGUAUAGUAUAGUAGUCUUUUAGUAGAGGGGCGAACAUGAUAAACUUAAGUAUGGGUGUCGGUAGUUUUGUAGUAAAAUAUUUGGAAGUAAUUAAAAUAAUUUUUCAAGCAUUGCAAAAACA